AUGGAUGCCAUUCGCCGUAGUGAUUCAGAUAGUUCAAUGAUAGGAAAAAGUAUUAUCUUACCCUUCUUGCACACUGGAGGACCUCGAUAUAGGGCACAAAAUUAUCAAGACGCAAUGGCAAUUUGUAGGUGGGCUGGUUAUCCAGAUUUGUUCCUCACUUUCACAUGCAAUCCAAAAUGGCCAGAAAUAAAUGAAAUGCUACACUUAAUUGGCCAACAUGACGAUGAUAACCGAGUGGACAUCAUAUGCAGAGUCUUCCAGAUAAAAUUAUUUCAACUGAUGCAAGAUCUGAAAAAACAACAGCCUUUUGGAAAAAUAAUCGCCUCUGAAAUACCUGAUAUGGAAGUUGAUCCAGAUGGUUAUAAUCCUGUAAACAACUACAUGAUGUAUGUACCUUGUGGAGCCCUCAAUCCCCAAUGCCCAUGUAUGAAGCAAGGGAAGUGCAGCAAGCAUUUUUCGAAGAAGUUCAAUAAUCAAACAACUUUUGAUGCAGAUGGAUUUCCCAUUGAUAGGAAAAGGAACAUAGAGCUAUGCAAUUACUCAAGGUCGGUGAAGUAUCUAUUUAAAUAUAUCAAUAAGGGAUCUGAUAGAGCAACUGCCACAAUAGAAUGUACUAAUACUGCUGAAGUACAUGAUGAGAUAAAAAGAUAUUUAGACUGCAGAUACAUAUCAGCUACAGAAGCUUGCUGGAGGAUAUUCAUAUUUGACAUACUCCAUAGAGAACCAGCAGUUGAGCGUUUUCCAUUCUAUUUAGAGGGAGAAAACACCAUAGUAUUUGAAGAGGAAGAACGACCUGAAAACAUAAUAAGAAGACCUGCAUCAGUAAAAACAAAAUUCACAGAAUGGUUCACGGCGAACCAAAAAAAUGAUGAUGCACGUGAACUGACAUAUUCAGAAUUCCCUACGCAUUGGGUUUGGGAUGAAAAUGGGAAAAAUGGGAAUAGAAGAAAAAUGGGCAAGACAGUUGCGAAAGAGAUUUCAAGUGAAAGAUUUACAGCUAACUCAAAAACAACUCGAAGCAUAUACAUUACUUGUAAAGAUGGGAAAAAGUUUGAAAGAUAUAGAUGGAAUGCCACUUCCAGAUUCCGCUUUAGGGGAAACCGUCUAAUCAAUGAGGAAUUAGACUAUGACAAAGAAAAUUUACAGAAAGCGCAUGACAAAUCGUUUACACUUUUAAAUGAUUGUCAAAAGUCAGUGUAUGGAGCAAUAAUGGCAUCAAUUUCCAAUGAAGAAGGCCGUUUAUUUUUUAUAAUGGGACAUGGUGGUACUGGAAAGACAUUUUUAUGGAAUGCAAUAAUUUCGAAGUUGAGAUCACAAUCAAAAAUAGUUCUCCCAAUUGCUACUUCCGUAAUAGCAGCUUUGUUAUUACCAAAUGGUAGGACAGCUCAUUCGCGAUUUCAUAUUCCUUUGGACAUAAGUGCGGAAUCAACUUGUGAAAUAAAACAAAACAAGGAAGUCAGUUAG